GUUCUGGAAGACUGCCUUCCACAUUUCUUAGAAAUUGAAACACGGAUUUUUCUUUUACUCAAAGACUAUUUAAAGCUAAUUGCGAAGCGCGUUGUGCAACUUAUACGUUACUUCACUCCAACCACAUCAUGGAUACGAGUACCCCAGCUGGAACUGCACAAGAUCCCAAUACCAAUGGUUCUAACUUAACAGACGAAGAAAAAGCCAGGCUACAGGUUGAACUAUCUCAGGUUGAAGAGGAAAUUCGUCUACUUCAAGAAACUCUUGCUGUGAAGUUGCGUCGGUGUAAUGAGAUAAAGAAGAGUCUUGGUUAUACCUCACUUUCAACUUUGCAACAUGAUCUCAUGGAAGGCAUUCACAAGUUAGAGGAUACAGAAGCGUAUAUUAAAACUACUGAACUUAUAAGCAAAGCAAAGGAUAAAACAGUAACUGUAGCACAAGACGCUAAAGAAAAAGUGGAGUCAACUAUCUCUGCCAUUCGAAAUUCAGAGGUUGUUAAGUCAAUAAAUGAUAGAGUUGGCACAGCUUAUUCAACUGUUAAGAUACUUUGUUCGGAAAAUUUCAUCCAUAUACCAGCUAUUACAUGGUAUCCAUUGAAGAAAACAGAUUAGUGAUGUUAUAAUUCAUUCCACGUAUGGACAUGCACCAGAUGACGAUAGCGCUAACGAUAACAAUAAUAAUAAUGAAAGCAAUAAACAAUCAUAAGCAGCCAUACUGCUAAGUUGUUUGUGCAUGCGUGUGUGUAUGUGUGAGUGUAACAAAGAAUCUGUUGAUCUUAACUGGCCUUUCAUACUACUCUUGUGUAUAAAACUUCAUUUGAAAUGAUAAAUAAUAUCAGUGAUUAUUAUUACGUAACUGUUAAUUUAUCUGACUUUUUGAUUUUUGAUUUACAGUUACUUUUGAUUUAAAUUUAUUUCAUUUGCUGUUACUUUGGUGAUCAUAUUUUGAAUGUAAAAAUAAUAUGCUUAUUCUGUUAUUUUGUUUUUUUUUUGUGUAUGUGUAUGUGAAAUAACUAUGAAAUAUAAUUUCAGUUAUAUACAUCUUUUCCCAUCACUA